UCGCUUUUUAUAUCCUGGCAUCGUUUCCCUCCUGGUGUCAUCGGUGUCGUUUCCCCUGGGACUGGGUCAGUUCAUGGCUGGCGACUUGAACACGCACGACCAAGUAUAUGGUUUGUUCACUAACUUCACUUGGACCAAGGAACAACUCGGUGUCGAAGAAAUGAACACGGUUAAACAUUGGUCAACCACGUACACUGAUGUGUUCACUGGACUUCUUGGUUUCGUUGCUUUCACGUUCAUCUUUUCUAUUAUAAGUUCGACCGUACCCGUGCCGUCGGGUAUCUUCAUUCCUGUGUUCAAAAUCGGCGCUGCGCUGGGUAGAGCCGUAGGGGAAGCUAUGGCUCUUUGGUUCCCUAACGGCGUUCGUUACGGCGGCAUCAUAACUCCCAUUGUACCAGGGGGUUAUGCUACUGUCGGAGCAGCCGCCUUCUCGGGUGCAGUGACUCACACAAUCUCCGUCAGCGUAAUCGUUUUCGAGAUGACAGGCCAGAUCACUCACAUCGUUCCUAUUAUGAUAGCCGUGUUGAUCAGUAACGCUAUCGCCGCUCUUCUUCAGCCUAGCAUAUACGAUAGCAUUAUUCUUAUCAAAAAGCUACCAUACUUACCGGAUCUGCUGCCGUCCAGUUCGGGGAUGUACAACGUUUACGUCGAAGACUUCAUGGUUCGCGACGUUAAGUACAUUUGGCACGGUAUCACGUAUCAGAGAUUGAAGGAAACCUUGAAGGAAAACCGCAAACUGCGUGGUUUCCCUCUAGUGGACAAUCCGGAUUCCAUGAUUUUACUUGGGUCUAUUCAAAGGCUGGAAUUGAUUAAGCUGAUCGAAAAACACAUAGGACGCGAAAGAAGGUUGCAGGUGGCACAAAAGUGGCAUCAAGAAGCAGAAGAACGAGCUCGAGAAGAAAUGGAGCGUCAGCUGAGAGAUCAGGAGAGAACGAGGAGACCGUCCAGGUUCGAAGUAAUCCCAGCACCAGAUAUUCUUAAAAUGCAGAGGCAAAGUGUUAACGAUCUAACUAUGUCUCCAAAUAACGGCACUGGUCCAGAUCACCACACUUAUCACUCACCGAUAUUCGGAUCGCAGCCAAAAAAAUCAAUCCUGAAGAAAACUAAUUCCUUCACGUUAAAAGGAUUUAGCCCGCUAGUCAGUCCAGCCGUCACACCGUACACCACCGUCACCGGAGCAGAGAGCAGGUGAGAAGUAGUAACUUCGAAAAAACUAAUUAGUAAUA